AUGAAAGUGUUCGUUGGAUUGUUUUUAUUGGCAAGCUUAUCACCAUGUUUAGCAAGAUCACCAGCGUUGAUCCUCACACAAUUAGUGAAAAAAAAUUUAGCAGAACAAGCAAGAAACCUUUCUUUAGUGGAUCCAAAAUUAUUUUAUAAUAGAACAAGUUAUUCCGGAUUCUUUACUGUCGACGAAAAGUACAACUCGAAUCUAUUCUUUUGGUACUUUCCCGCGGAAAAUUAUAAACCGGACUCGCCAUGGAUAUUGUGGUUGCAAGGAGGUCCAGGAGCUUCGAGUCUUGCUGGACUCUUCGACGAGAUAGGACCCUUUGAAAUUAAGGAUAAGGAAUUGAAAUUACGCAAAUCGACGUGGGGGAGAGAUUACUCUUUACUCUUCAUCGACAACCCUAUAGGAGCUGGUUUUAGUUUCACGGACCAUCCUGACGGGUUCGUACAAGAUAUGGAGACGUGUUCAAGCCAUUUAUACAACGCGUUGAGACAGUUCCGGCAUGUGUUUCCCGAGGUCGCUAAGGCUCCGCUAUACAUCGCUGGGGAAUCGUACGCUGGCCGCUACCUCCCUGCUCUCGGCGUGAAGAUACUUGAACAAGACCGCAACAUUGGACUCCUGGACGUUAAUCUACAGGGUAUUAUGAUGGGUAACCCAGUGCUGAGUCGCGACAGCAUAGCAGACUACAGCUCUAUCUUCUACCAGUGGGGUUUGAUAGACAGCCAAGGAUUAUUGGCAGUUAAACCACUGCAAGAUGCAUACAAUAAAGCUGUAGUCACCGGUGAUGCUCAAAGAGCUACUGAUCUCCGCGAAGAACUUCUGAACAAGCUGGAUGACAUAGCCAUGCAGCAGCAAACCUUCAACAUUCUCUUGGACAGCAUGAACCAUCUGGAUGACUUCGUGGACUUCAUUCGGAAACCUGAAGUGAGUGAGGCUAUACACGUCGGCACCAUACAGUUCGCCUUCCACAAUGGAACCACCCACAAGAGGCUCACUCCUGACUUCUUAAGCGAAGUCAGGUCGAAGGUGGAGAUGCUGCUUAAUCAUUACAGGAUACUUAUUUAUUGUGGUCAAAUGGACUUGACAGCUCCUUGUGUGCCCAACGCAAAAGCACGGAGGAAGCACUGGCACUGGAACAAACGCAAUGAGUUCCUCAACGCGUCGCGCACUCCUUGGUGGUUCGGUGAAAGAGUUGCUGGCUACGUAAAAACCGGGGGCAGCCUCACCGAAGUAUUAGUGCGUGGAGCUGGUCACUUAGUCCCCAUGGACAAGCCAGCAGAAACUGCACAACUGAUCUCUUACUUUAUCAGAGGUUUAGACAUGCCACUACCUCCAAACUAUCAUGUUGUACCUCAAGAUACGGCUGCCUACAUCGACGAUGACCUUGAAGGCAUUUCAAAGACCAUUCUACAAAUUCCUGGGGACCCACCGACUGGUACUCAAGCUGUGAUGGUAGUCAGUUUAGUCCUUAAUGUCCUGUUAAUCCUAGCUAUCGUCUGUGGAGUAGUUUAUGGGUUAAGAUGGAAGAGACGAUCGGACAUGUAUAAUUACAAGACGGUGGACGAGACCAGUAUUACUACAUCUACUAUGUUUUAA